AUGUCGCAGGGUUCCAAGAGCACCAUGCUGUUGAACAAACUGACAAAGUCCCUUGCAGUGCGUGUACGAGGACCAAGUACCACAGCGCGUAAGGAGCUACCAGUUCCCGAAACCCCGGGCAACGCGCUCCGCGAAGCCUUCGACGCCGGCAGCGGGGACGCUUCGGCAGCCACGGUGCCCAUACCGAUCGACCGGCUGCAGAGGAUCGAGUCGCACGUGGAGAACCUCACGCAGAUGAUGCAGACCAUGCAAGCACGCAGCGGCCGCGCCAGCCGCAGUGGUGUGGGCAGCAGAGGCAGCUCGGCGUCGCGAGGCGCCGCGCCCACGCCUUCCAACGUCUCUGAUCUCGGUCUUUCCAGAGUGUCCACCAGCCAGUCUUCGGAGCAAGGCGUCGAGUACCGCUACGUCGAUUUGGCUUCCCUGACGACCCUCUGCGACGAGGUCGCCGAGCUGGGCGAUGUCUUGAGUCACCAGGCGAGGUUUCUUCUCAACUCCGCUCAGGCUUCGCCUGUCGAGACACCGGGCCAGACCGAAACGCCGACGGAGCGAACGCAGCCCAGCCGGCCUGCCCAAGGUCCUUCGGGCACGCAGCAGAGAUCGAACGUUGGCCGAAGCAUGUCGGAGACGAGUGCUGGCACGGAAGCGACCACCGCGAUGGACCCGAUCAUGGAUUACGAGAUCAAUCCGCCGAAUAUCGACUGGGCCUAUCUCGACCAAGUGCUGAGGGGCAAUGAGGACCAAGAAGAAGGGCCAGGGCCGAGUGGCGAGCGAAGGCAAUGA